UGGACUGUAACACUGAAUCAGUUACAGGUCGCUGUAGCUGAAGCGCAGUUGUGAGGGCGGUCGUGGAUGCAGACAGAGGGGCGCACAUAUGCUCUCACAGCGCAGGAUCUCUGAGGAUUAUUACAGCUGUAAAGGACCCUUACUGCGCCUUUUGGAGCGCUCCUAACACCGACCAAUUCACUGUGGAUAUACUUACACGAAAGGAAUAUAAAGAAGGGAUUACUAAAGGCCAGAACAUCCAUAACCAUGGAUGAAGUCAAGACACUCAUCGUCUUUAGUGUCUUGGUGGUUCUAGUUUCAGUUACCUCUGGACUGUCGCCACCAACCAUUGUGUCCAAUGAAGAAGAGUUCAUCCUGCAGCCCAAUUCAAUAUUCAACAUAAGCUGCACCGGAAAAAGAAAGGUCAUCUGGGCCGAACCCCUACCGACAAACACAUUUGUCUAUCCGGGCUACUUCACGGCCACGCUCUUUAUUUACAAUGUGACUGUUGCGAACACCGGGUACUACAUGUGCACAUAUGAGACCCCAGAGGGUGAAGCAGAAGAUGACAAUGAGGCUGGGAUCUAUGUGUUUGUUCCAGAUCCCCUGGCUCCUUUUGUCCCUGAGACCCCUGAGAACUUGGUGGUCCCCAUGGACUUGACUGGAGUGCCCAUCUCCUGCCGUGUGUCUGACCCCUACUCUCAUGUCAUCCUGAGGAGCGUCCCCAGUGGAGAGGAGAUGCCUGCCUACUAUGACAAUAAGAUGGGCUUCUUUGGCAGUCUGUCUCCUGGACAGUACCAGUGUGAGACCACUGUAAAUGGACAGACAUUCCAAAGUGUCGUUUACACUGUGGAGAGUGAAGAUAUGGUGGACGUGGAGGACUUUCAGGUGGAGGUAAAAGCCAGUGAGGAGACCGUGAGAGCAGGUCAGCCUCUAAACAUCACCUGCAUCGCUCCAGCUGGACCAGGCUUUCAGCAGCAGUGGCUUCACCCAAAAAAACAGGCCGUGGAUGCUGCUCAGAUUAAACACGCUUUUCCUGACCGGGUCAUCUACACUCUCAGCAUCUCACAAGCCACUUCUCAGGACAGUGGGACGUAUGAAUGUUCCGUCACUAAUGACAUAAGCAGAGAGGUCCGAGUCAGCAGUGUGGCUGUCACUGUCUUUGAGGAGAAUUCCUUUGUGGCACUGGAUCACAGCGGGAUCUUAGGGACGGAAUUUGUGAGUCUUUUAGAGGAGACAGAGUUUACUAUCCUAAUUGAUGCCUACCCAGUUCCUAAAGUCACAUGGCUGAAAGAUGACAAAGACAUGCCAGAGAACUACUACGUCAUUGCCAAAACCAGCCACCUUGAAGGAAAUCGAUAUCAAAGCAUUCUGAAAUUUCGGCAGCCGCUGGAGAAAGAUAAUGGCAAAUACACCAUCAGAGCUGAAAGUGGCUCACGUUCUGCUCAGUUCUCCUUUGACCUCAAAGUCAAAGCUCCCACUGCAGUGAUAUUCCCACCAUCCACAACCCCCAUGCUCCUGCCACAGAUGGAGGAGAUGGUGGUGCCCCUCCACACUCCGUUCAGCCUGACCUGCCGGGGGAAGGCUAAACUGGCCUGGGAGACGCCGUUCGAUGUGCCCGAGCAGACGCAGGAGGACAACAGCGGCCUGUUUAUAACCACCAUCACAGUGGACAACGCCACUGCCAUGCACACCGGCUUCUACAGCUGCUUCUACAGUCGAAACAGCACUGAGGAGAUCGAUGACACCAGCAUCUACAUCUAUGUGCCAGAUCCAGACGUACCCUUCGUGCCAUCACCGGUGCCUUUUGGUAACCACGUCCUGUCCGAUCAUGAGGAAAUGGAGAUUCAGUGUCGUGUGUCUGAUCCCACUGCUAACGUCACCCUGAUUAACGUCGACACCCAGGAGCCUGUGCCCAGUGUUUAUGACAGCAAAAGGGGCGCUUUGGGUAUUUUCACUGCUGGAACAUAUGUCUGUAAGGCCGUCAUCAAUGGAGAGGAACACCAAAGCGGAGAGUACAUCGUCCACGGGUGGAUAGGUAACGCUCUGCAUGUUGAGCUGACUGCCAAAAGGACUGCUUUACUGGUGGGAGAAACCAUCACAGUCUCCUGUCUGGCUCGAGGCUCUGAGAUUCUGGAGGAUCACUGGAAAUAUCCUGGAAAACUGGCUAACCGUGGUAUCAAAACAGUGCAAGAGAAUAAGAGGAAUCAGGAAAUCCUUUACACCCUGACGAUCCCUCAGGCCUCACCUAAAGACAGCGGCAUCUACACAUGCUCCAUCACUGAUGUUAUUAGCAGUGACACCCAGACAAAGCAACUGGCAGUUACAGUUUUUGCAAGUGAGUUUUUAGACCUUAAGCCUGAAUUUGAUGAGUAUGAAUCUGCGGAGCUCGAUGAAGUGCGGGAGUUCAAGGCUGAAAUCCACGCCUUACCUGGUGCUCAAGUCACUUGGCUCAAAGACGGCCUCCCACUCGGUGAUGUGACAGCGGAGAUCUCCACCAGCCUCCGGCAGCUCAGCGAGACCAGGUACCGGAGUGUUCUUACCUUGAUCCGAGCCAAGGAAGAGGACAGCGGGAACUAUACCAUGCAAGUGAAGAGUGGAAACCAAAGUCGUGGUGUCAGCUUUACCCUCCAGGUUAAAGUCCCUGCAGUCAUUGUGGACCUGAUGGACAUCCACCACGGCUCGGCUACAGGCCAGUCUGUGGUGUGCAUCGUUAGAGGGCAGCCCACUCCAGAGGUAGAGUGGUUUGUCUGCAAAAACAUCAAACAUUGUGCCAAUGACUCAUCUUCAUGGGUGCCCCUCGCUGCCAACUCCACGGAGAUCGCAGUGGACUCCCACAUGGAUGAGGAAAAUAACCUGGAGAGUCAAGUCAUGUUUGGCCAUCUGGAAAACACACUGGCGGUGCGCUGCCUGGCUAAGAAUGAUAUGGCCGCGGUCAGCAGGGAGGUCAAACUGGUGUCUAACGGCCCUCACCCUGAGCUGACUGUAGCUGCUGCUGUGCUGGUGCUCCUGGUCAUUGUCAUCAUCUCACUCAUUGUCUUGGUUGUUAUCUGGAAACAGAAACCACGAUAUGAGAUCCGCUGGAGGGUGAUAGAGUCUGUGAGCCCAGACGGCCACGAGUACAUCUAUGUGGAUCCCAUGCAGCUUCCCUAUGACUCCAGAUGGGAGUUCCCCCGAGACAGACUUGUUCUUGGUCGUAUCCUGGGCUCUGGUGCCUUUGGGAAGGUGGUUGAGGGAACCGCCUACGGGCUCAGCCGCUCCCAACCCGUCAUGAAGGUGGCAGUGAAGAUGCUGAAACCUACAGCACGCUCCAGUGAGAAACAGGCCCUGAUGUCCGAACUGAAGAUCAUGACUCAUCUUGGACCGCAUCUCAACAUUGUCAACCUCCUGGGAGCCUGCACUAAGUCAGGUCCUAUCUACAUUAUCACAGAGUACUGUUUCUAUGGAGAUCUGGUGAACUACCUGCACAAGAACAGGGAGAACUUCCUGAGCUUGAACCCUGAAAAAAAUAAAAAAGACUUGGAUAUCUUUGGAAUCAACCCUGCAGAUGAGAGCAGCAGAAGUUAUGUGAUCCUGUCCUUCGAGAGCAAAGGAGAUUACAUGGACAUGAAGCAGGCUGAUAACACCCAGUAUGUGCCCAUGCUGGAGAUGAGCAAUGCCUCCAAGUACACAGACAUCCAGGGGUCGAACUAUGACCACCCACCGUCCCAGAAAGGCUCAAUGGAGAGCGAGAUGGACACCCUCCUAUCAGAUGACAUGAGCGAAGGCCUCACCACCACUGACCUGCUCAGCUUUACCUACCAGGUGGCCAAAGGCAUGGAGUUCCUGGCUUCCAAAAAUUGUGUGCAUCGGGACCUCGCCGCCAGGAAUGUCCUCCUGUCUCAGGGGAAGAUAGUGAAGAUCUGUGACUUUGGACUGGCAAGAGACAUCAUGCAUGACAACAACUAUGUCUCUAAAGGGAGUACCUUUCUGCCAGUGAAGUGGAUGGCACCUGAGAGUAUUUUCGACAACCUGUAUACCACUUUGAGUGAUGUCUGGUCCUAUGGCAUCCUCCUCUGGGAAAUAUUCUCAUUAGGUGGCACUCCAUACCCGGGGAUGGUCGUGGAUUCAAGCUUCUACAACAAAAUCAAGAGCGGAUACAGGAUGUCCAAACCGGAGCACGCUCCUCUAGAUGUGUAUGAGGUGAUGAUGAAGUGCUGGAACAGUGAACCAGAGAAGAGGCCGUCUUUCCUCGGUCUGAGUGACACCGUGUCCUCUCUGCUGCCCUCCAGCUACAAGAGGCAUUAUGAGAAGGUGAACCAUGAAUUCCUGAAAAGUGACCACCCUGCUGUGACUCGGGUGUGCUUGGAAAAUGACGACGCCUACAUCGGCAUCACCUACAAGAACCAGGGCAAGCUGAAGGACCGAGAGAGCGGCUUUGAUGAGCAGAGGCUGAGCUCUGAUAGCGGCUACAUCAUUCCCCUCCCCGACCUGGACCCUAUAUCUGACGACGAAUACGGCAAGAGAAAUAGGCACAGCUCUCAGACGUCUGAGGAAAGUGCAAUCGAGACAGGCUCCAGCAGCUCAACCUUGGCCAAGCGCGAGGGUGAGACUCUGGAGGACAUCACACUGCUGGAUGAAAUGUGUCUGGACUGUAGUGACCUGGUGGAGGACAGUUUCCUGUGACGCCAGUCCAGUCUGUAAAGCAGGAGCCGAUGAAAGGACGAGGAAUGUGAGGAUACGGGGACCUGUAAAUCAACCAAAGACUCCUCUGUGUUCCUUCUAGUCUAUCUGGUCCUCCUCCUUCACAGACAUUUACAGAGGACAGAACAAAAACCACUUCACUGUCUGGAUAAGUCUGUGGUGACGGUACUCUCUACACUUCUCCAUGGUCGCUGCCCCCUGUUGGGUUGGAGGAGUCAAUGAGCAUUAAUGAAGCCAGACAUCAAGGACUCAAAAGGACUCUGAGCCUGUGUCGGACCUAUGUAGAGUCAGAUGAGUGAUAGCAGAUCCAAGGCUGGCUUUUUAACAGUAGAGCUUUAUUCUAUUGGGCAUUCUGUUAACAGCAACAUAAGCAAAAAGGGACGAAUUAAACACAUGGUCAGCAAUUAACAUGGACACCGGGGGAUACUAUUCAGCCAUAUUUAACCACUACAGAUGCACUAUUUAAACUAGAUACGUCUAAUAGGAACAACAUGAGCAGGUAAACUCAUCCUACACAUGCCUGCUAUGAGAAGCACCUGAUGCUGGCACAAUCAGUAGUACGACUUAGAUUUUAAAGCACAAAAUCUAGACUGUGUGCGUUUUAUUUGUGUAUGACCAUAUCAUGUUUUCAAUGGCUUCAGUAAUUCAAAUUUAUUUUUUUACUUCAUCAUUAUGUAAACAUGUAUUAUUUGUGAAUACUGAGUAGAUAUUGACCAUAGCUGUUGGAAUGAAAGGUACAGUAAUGAGAAGACCUUUUAUUAAGCUGCAUACUUCUUUGCAUUGUGUCUUUCACCUUUUUGCUCAAAUACAACAUCGUGUCCAAGAAAAAUAGUUCCCUGAUGAUCCUUAGUAAUAUUCGGCGUAUGGACUCUAUCAAAUGAAAUGUGAUUGUAAUGUAAAUAGCUCCAGAGUUGCUUUAUAAGAGAGAAUUAUUGGGAUGACACUCAAGUAUUUUAUAUAAGCACACAUUAUGCUUCUGCACCCUCAAAAGUAAAGCUAAUGCUUGUAAUGAUUAUACCAAAUUUCUGGAAAUAUUUGCCAUCGCAGUGGACAGCUUACAAUGUUUCACAACACUUGGGGAUACAACAUGAGAAAUAUAACUUUUUAUCAUGAAUUGUAUCAACUGAUUCAGUCGCUGCAAAACUGGCGAUGCUAAAUAAUAAAGGUCAAAGCCAGUCAGUCAUUUGAUGCAGGUUCUAGGUAUGAAAAGACACUAUUGAUUCAUGAUGAUCUGAUGUCAUACAUCAGUUAUUUGUCCACUCUUUGUAAUCCUCCUCCUACUGUACCAGCUAUGCCACUGCCUUCCACUCUCUCUGUCGACUGUGAUGUACUCUCCAAUCAACUGUUGCACUUUCCUUUUUUUCCAUUUUGUUUUGGAUGCUGCAGAAUAGUUAAUCAGGCAGAGCUAAGAUGGUCUUGCUUUGGCUUUAGAUGAAUCCCUGUUUAAAGCAGAGUGGAUGUGAAUGUUUGUGCCGCUGAUGAGUGAUGUGUUGUUGACGGUACAGUAUUGUUAAUUGUAGGUAAUCACCCAAUAUGAUGAUUUACUACUAUGCUCCAGUAUUUUACAUCAUGUACAUUCAGAUGAUUUAUAUUUCAAUAAAUGGUUUAUAAUGUAAAAAAAAAAAAA